ACGAGACGAUAGAUGUGUGCGUCACGCAGCGUCACGUGACCAUACUCCCUCCACUCCUAUUCCGUGCUGGCCGCGGCCCGAAUCUACCAUCUACCCAUUCAGUACGCGAAGUGGUACGAAGCGGUGCGAAGUUCACGAAGUCGAAGUGUGAUUGAUGAGCUGAUUGUGAUUCACGUGGCGCGCCGGACUGCAUUCCCAUAUUUAUUUCUGUUUUAUUUUAUUCUUGUAUCACGCGCCGCGCUUCGAUAAAUAAGUCGUGAUAAUACUUCGUGCUUCGUAGCCGCUACUAUCUUCGUCCCCAUUCUUCUUCCUUCCUCCGAAGCGUUCAACUCCAAUUGUCCUGAGUGAAGUCGAGGAGCGGUGACGGAGAGAAUACAUUUACGGCAAAUUUACGAAUUCUCGUUCGAUAGAUAACAAAUGGACAAUCCCGUGAUGGAACUGUUGCGGCCGGACAGACCCGCUCAGUGCACGUGGACAGCGAACGAGGGUGGUUCGCCACAUACGAAGCGAACGGAAGUGCCAAGUCGAAGGAAAACGUUACCGGAUAUUUUGAGCGCGAUUGGUCAGACGCCUAUGGUUCGGCUAAAUAAGAUUCCCAAGGCUCAUGGAAUCGAAUGCGAAAUGUAUGCGAAAUGUGAGUUUUUCAAUCCCGGGGGAUCCGUGAAGGAUCGGAUAGCGCACAGAAUGAUUCAGGAUGCGGAGGAGAAGGGCCUGCUGAAGCCUGGAUUUACGAUAAUCGAGCCGACCAGCGGUAACACCGGGAUCGGCUUGGCGAUGGCGGCGGCAGUGAAGGGGUACAAGUGCAUCAUCGUCAUGCCGGAGAAGAUGUCCAACGAGAAGGUCUACGUGCUUCGCGCGCUCGGCGCGGAGAUCGUCAGAACGCCGACCGAGGCUGCCUGGCACAGUCCGGAGGCGCACAUCAGCGUGGCUCAAAAAUUGCAGCGGCAAAUACCCAACAGUAUCGUCCUGGAUCAGUACACGAAUUCCGGCAACCCGCUGGCGCAUUACGAUCAAACCGCGACGGAGAUCUGGGAGCAGUGCGAUGGGAAGAUCGAUUACGUGGUGCUGAGCGCCGGCACUGGGGGAACCGUGACCGGAAUUGGGCGGAAAUUGAAGGAGAUGUCGGCCAACAUAAAGGUGAUCGGCGUGGACCCUAUGGGCAGCAUCUUGGCGCAACCGCCCGAAUUGAAUAAGGGAGACGUCGGGUUUUACGAGGUGGAAGGGAUCGGGUACGACUUCGUGCCAACCGUUCUCGACCGCGACGUGGUCGACGUGUGGAUGAAGUCGGAGGAUCACGAGUCGCUGAACGCGGCGCGCGAAUUGAUCCGCAAGGAGGGAUUGCUGUGCGGCGGUAGCAGCGGCGCGACACUCUCAUCGGCCUUGAAGAUCGCGAAAGAUCUGCCGGCGGACAAGCGUGUGGUCGUCCUCUUGCCAGACGGCAUACGCAACUACAUGACGAAAUUCGUGUCGGACCAGUGGAUGGAAGUCAGAGGUUUUCUGCCGUGCGAACCUCUGACGGAGGGGAACAAGCAUUGGUGGAACACUCCAGUAUCGAGUCUGUCGAACCUGAGGAAGCCCGUGUUGCCGGAGGGAGCUACGUGCGGAGAAACCAUGGAUCUCUUCAAAACCACCAGUGACCGGCAGCUUUUGAUAACAACCGACAAUAAACGAGUCAAGGGUGUCGUCACUUCGGAUGCCCUCCUAUCGAAAUUGAUCUCUGGCGCGGUGGCGCGAACGGAUCGCGCCGAGGAGGCGAUGCUUAAACAGUUUUCGACGGUCACGGCCUCACAGACCACGCUCGGCAGACUGUCGCGCAUCCUCGAGAAGGAGCUGUACGCCGUGGUCAUUGACAGCGAGGACGCUUUGGUCGGAAUUGUCGAUCAGAGCGAGCUCUUCAGCUUUAUCAGCAAGCUCGAUAACGUGGCGCAAAAUGGCAUUAUCUGUGCGAACCUCUGACGGAGGGGAACAAGCAUUGAUGGAACACUCCAGUAUCGAGUCAAGAAUUAAGAAGACUGGAUAUGUAACAGGUUUUCUUACUCCUUUAUAAUAUAUUACAUUGUUGCAACU